AUGUCAUCCAAAUUAUUGGCUUAUAUUUUACUCCUGUCAGUUCUUCAUACGUGCUCUCUAACAAUCGAGUACGAAGAGGACUAUGAGGAUGUCACUGUGAACCAAAUGCUGGCUCCCAAAUCACAGGAGACCGACGCCACGGAAAUACUCAACAAUUUACUGAAAGAAUAUGAUAAGAAACUGCGGCCGGAUAUCGGAGUUAAACCAACUGUCAUAGAUGUCGACAUAUUUGUGAACAGCAUUGGACCAGUAUCAUCAAUAAACAUGGAAUACCAAAUCGACAUCAUCUUUGCUCAGACGUGGACAGACAGCCGCCUCAGAUACAACAGCACAAUGAAAAUAUUGACUUUGAACAGCAAUAUGGUGGGACUUAUUUGGCUCCCAGAUACUAUCUUCAGAAACUCCAAGAAUGCAGAUUCCCACUGGAUUACAAUGCCAAACCAGCUCCUCAGAAUAUGGAAUGAUGGGAAGAUACUUUACACCUUAAGACUGACUAUAAAUGCAGAAUGCCAGCUGCAGUUGCACAACUUUCCAAUGGACGAGCACUCCUGCCCACUCAUCUUCUCCAGCUAUGGAUACCCACGAGAUGAGAUGAUUUACAAGUGGAGGAAGAACUCUGUGGAGGCUGCUGACCAGAAGUCCUGGCGCCUCUACCAGUUUGAUUUUAUGGGCCUGAGAAAUACUUCAGACAUAAUAAAGACUACAGCAGGUGAUUAUGUGGUAAUGACAGUGUACUUUGACCUGAGUAGAAGAAUGGGUUACUUCACCAUCCAGACUUACAUCCCCUGCAUCCUCACCGUGGUCCUCUCCUGGGUGUCCUUCUGGAUCAAAAAAGACGCCACUCCAGCCAGAACAGCAUUAGGCAUAACAACCGUGCUGACUAUGACCACUCUGAGUACUGUGGCCCGGACGUCACUUCCCAGAGUGUCUUACAUCACUGCCAUGGAUCUUUUUGUCACCGUCUGCUUCCUGUUUGUCUUUGCUGCUCUCAUGGAGUACGCAACAUUAAAUUGGUACUCAUACAGUACUCGAAGACCCAGUUGCAUGGAAAAUAAAAGACCAAACUACUCUGUCCUGGAUGUGAGACCUCCACACACCGUCAUCGCUCUAAACAACUCCAUGUACUGGCAGGACUUUGAGGACGCUUGUGUCUACGAGUGUCUGGAUGGAAAAGACUGCCAGAGCUUCUUCUGCUGCUAUGAGGAGUGUAAAGGAGGUGCGUGGAGAAAAGGACGUGUCCACAUAGAUUUACUUGAACUGGAUGCUUACUCUCGCGUCUUUUUCCCCACCUCCUUCUUGCUGUUCAACGUCGUCUACUGGGUCGGCUAUCUCUACCUUUAG